CCUGGUGCUUCUACAGAGAUAUCUCCUGAGUCAAGCUUGUUGAUGCUAUCCCUAGAUAUCCCACCUCGGUGAGCUUUAGUGCUUACUACCACGUGAUACUAGGUAGGUAGCCAUUUCACUCUUUAUUGAAUCCGAAUCACAUCACUGCUUAGACAUGAUCUGUCUUUGGAAAGAAAGUCUGAAGAGGGAUUUUCCGAUACAAUACUUGAAAUCUCAUUCCAUUACGGUUUCAUACCCUACGUAAAAGUCUAACUCCAAGCAAUCAUGUCGCGACAGUUCAGAUCCCCUCAUUUAUUCCCACUAUUUGUAGCCGUAGCCCACACCCUCGGCGGCACCGUCCCAUUCUUCGCCAGAGACGCUGGAAUCCGGUCCUUCGGGCUGUCAGAAAGAUUCGCAGAGUCACCUAUAGCACAGUCGUGCUUCAUCCUCGACGGCGCCCGGCUUUCCGUCCUCGGAAUGGUCCAGCUAAUCAUGUAUCUUCGCGGAGACUAUCCUGGAGUGGACAUCAUCAUGGCUCUUAUGGUAUACAUUGGGCUAGUUGAUGGGUAUGUUUGCUGGCGGGAGGGUGAGCUUGGAUCAGCCGUGUUUAGAGCCACGUCGGGGAUGGUCAUCGGAGCUUGGGGUAUGCUGGGGUUGACUUCCAAGCUGUGAAUACUUGGAGACUGCAUUCAAUGCUAGGAAGGAUACCUAGGUAGAUGUGAUGUAGAUGAAUCUACCGUGUAAGUAUUUGCUAGACCACAUUUCCUACAAGGCGGACCGAAUCUUCGGGACCUUUAGCCGUGCAUCUGCUCCUGUGAGCGGCUAUAGUUGUUGGUCACAGGGAUUCUUUUCAUCUGAUUGUCUUGCGUAGAGUACGGGAACUUCAUAGAUGAAAGAGCCGCAAAGCGGU